CAUGCUAUCGAGUACGUCCAAAGUGACAGGUGGUGUGCGCACUGCCGAGGUUCCGUAUGUGUUUCGUGCGCUCGUAUCUUCGUGUUUGCUCUCGCGACACACGCGGAUCGGCACAACCCACACGAGAACAUCGACGACGCGUCGUUACGUGAUAUAUCCACGUACGCCAAGUCCGAGUGUCGCUCUUCGUCUCGCUCCACCCCGACUCGCCCGCGACUCCAGACACCGCUCCGUUGUAGGUCCACGCGUGAAUCGCGGUGACAUGCUCGCACGAUCGGUGCGUCGCUGCUCGUAGGUGCUUCCAGUGCCAGUUCCUAUGAUGUAUACCACGUAUUCUCGCGACUCGCCCGGGAGAUUCAACUGCAGAAGAGUGUUUUCGAGAUUACUCUCCGGCAGGCCAGGCAUAAAACCGCAGGGAUUUUCGUUUCUCAUUCGGUGUUGGGACAAGGUUGGCAGAUCUAUAUGGGGCAAUGCGUGUCUCGUAAGGCGGGCGCCGUCGUCGCAGCAUCCGGUCAUCACAACUCUCCCUCGUACCGCAUCAUGGAGAAACACGCCCAAAAACAGGGUGAUCAGCGGGGCUCGUCGAGACGGGGUACGUCGCACACGCGCGGCACCGCGAUGUCCUUUGGAUUCCGACGAAGACCCGCCAGCGGGAUUCCGAUGCCGAUCACGGGCUUCGCCGGUACCGAAUCGAGUCUGCUGCAUCCUCGAUCCAAAUCGGCUGGCCCGGAGCAAGACCGCAGGCGGGACGACGACAACAGCAACGCGGCGAUUCACAACUCGUCGUCCGGCCGCUCGACGCCGCGAUUAGCGCCGCCUAAGAAGGAUUCUAGCGGCAUCGGCGUCCGGACGAAUCGCUUCGGCUACCGGCAGCCGCAGAAAUUCACCAACAAGGUUGGCGACAUAUGCAACAGUCACAGUAUCAGCCACUAUAAUCAGGAGAAGCUGCUGCAGCAGCAGCAGCAGCAGCUACAACAGCAGCAGCAGCAACAGCAACACCAUCAGCAACAACAAUCGGACAACUACUUCGCCAAGCAACCGAAUAGAGUUCUACAUGUGUACAACGCGGCGCCGACGACGAAGGCUCGCUUGUCGCCGUCAAAUAACGUGGUUUACGGCGGCAAUUUGACCGGCAAUGCAGCGGACGUGAACAAGCGAGUUUCGGGCAUUCCGGAGCCCAUCAGCAGGUACACUCUACACACCAGCCACUUGCCGUUACCUCAGUACGCCGUAAGGGUGAACGACUCAAAUUCCAAGAUCGCCAAGACAGCGGCGAAUCAGAGUAGGAAGGUAUCCACGUCGACGUACAAGGGCUCGGCCAGCUCGAAAGAGGGCUCGAUAACCGAGGACUCGGGCGUUAGCAGCCAAGCGGCUUGCCCCGAGGACAACGACAGAAUCCGCUCGUUGGAUUACGCGGACGAUGGCUCCAUGAGGAGGCGCGGCAUCGGCAGACCGAGAAAUCUGCGGAUGGUGGUGAGCGGCAAGAGCUUCGACGUGAGAGAUGUCCGGGACGACGACAGCACGGUCACGGAGAUCUCCGUGAUCCCGUUGCCCAAGUCCUUCGCCAGCGCCAACCUCAACACCGGCUUCGUGCGCGAGAGAACCACGCAGUACCAGCGGAUCGUGAGCAAGGACAACAGGUACACCGAGUCGACCACGUCCAUGUCUACCACGUCCUCGGAGGGCUACGACGAAGGUUGCCUGAGCGAGGAGAAGGUCUACAAGGACCGCUCGCACUCGGAAAAGAUCCCUUCCAUCAAGUCGGACUUUAGCCCGCCCAGCUCCGACGAUCCCGAGUACGGCCACGGCGAGGCAAUGGCGGACGAAUAUUCUUUGAGCUCGAGCGACGAUUGCCAGCGCUCCGGCUCCAUACAACACGCGCAGGCGAUCACGGCCGCGACCAAGAACGGCGUCGCCACGAAAAACGCGUUGCGCUCGGUGCUGCUCACCAUCGAGGAUCCAGCCUUCGCCGCCGCCGCCGCCACCACGACCACCUUAAUAGACGACGAGACCUCUCCGGUCGACAGUCUGUUCGACAGUCCUACGGCCAGCAUCACCCAAUCGGACGGGAAGGCCUCGAAGAAGGACGAUCACGUCCUGGAACCCUCGGACAACACCUUGGAGGACGACAGUCCUGGCACUCCGACGAAUGCUUCCAACUCGUUGAGCCUGUCGGAGGGUAGGGAGUUCUUUGACGAUGAGAUCGCGGAUCAGCCCGGAUUAAUCUUCGACGACAACUCGAGAGCAAGGAUCGAGGCGCAGUCUGCUAUGGGGAGUCAAGUAAUCACCGAGAAUAGCCACACUCUGAUCGAGACGAAUUCUAAGACGAGUGGUGGUGCGUUGCACAUGAAAGGCGUAGCGAAUAGCCCCCACCACGGGCGAAUACACCGAGCCGGGAGUGUGGACACCUUGUCUCCCUGCGAGUCUAUCGCCUCGGAUGACUUAAUGUUGGAUUAUAGCGACACGAGUUCCUACGAGGAACAGCAGCGAUUAAACUCCAAUCCGGCGCUGCACGAGCUGGACGACGCCACUAUAAUCUCGGAACUGGAGGCGCAGGGCGAGGAAAUGGUGAGGCAGUGGAGCUCGUUGCUGAGCACCGCGCAUAUGCAGGAGCAGGCGAAUUCCAAUUCGGCCAACAACAAUGUCAACGGUGGAGGAGCCGGCAACAACAACAAUCAGGCCGCCGUCGAAUCCGGAAUCGCUGGCGACAGGAUGAGGUUCCUGCGCAACCGAUCCGGAACGGAAUCGCCGCGCUCGUUGGACAGCAUGCGCAAUCGUCAAGUUUCUAGUCCUCUGAGGAGAACGGGAGAUGUGCAAUCUCCAUGCCUGGAUUCCGGAGACGAAGCGAGCCUGAGGAUAGACCGCGCUACGUAUCAGCACAUGUUCCAGGACAUCGUCUCCCUGAAGACGAUGCUGCUGAAACUCAAACGAGUUCUUCAGGAGUCAGGAGAGAACGAUUUGACGAGGGCAGACACUCUCAACCCAUUCGAUAAUUCUGUGAAGAAUGGUCUCUUCUGUAACCUGAACCUGAAUCUGAACGAAGGUAGUGAAACCAUCGAUGUGAGCACGUCACCGGGUAGCGGUGGUAGCAGUAUCGCGGACGAAUUAGCGGAUCUGAGAAGACAAGUGAUCUUUCUUCAGGGUCAAGUGGAGGACCGGGAUCGUACCAUACAACAGCUUCAGGCUCAAUUUUUGAAAUUGCAAGGAUCUACGAGCGGUGAUGCGCAGACCUGCAUCGUACCAACGCGCAAUAACAACAUCCCUUUCGUGGACACGUGUAACGCCGCUACGCAGACGGAGAAGACACGUCCAGUGUCGGCGGGGCCCUCGCUCCUACAGUCACUCCCGCAGGAUGGAAGCAUGGGGCCUCUCGUUAGUUGGAGUGACUCGUGGGACCGUCAGCGACCCUCGCUGCUUUCCGAGCUUAACUCCGCCGGAAGCCUUCGCAAGCCAACCGAACGUUUACCUCAUACGUUAAGACUUCGUCAAGAACAGACCCCACGUCGCAGCAGCGUACACACGAGAAGACACUCGUCGGAGAGCGUGUCCAGCUCGCUCAAAUCGAAGGACUCUACUAAACUGUCGUGCGAGCCGAACGACAUGGAGCAAUGCGACGCCAAGGUAGAAGGAAAUGCGGUCAAGUCCCUUAUUCCGACGUUUAGGAAGCUACGGCUUUAACGACACGACGGAGUUCAGCUACAUUAUGUUCUCUGUAUAGCAACGUUUAUCACGUUCCAGACGUCCGAAUCCUCGAAGAACAGAAACAUCAGAGAAGAGAGAUUUUUCUCCGUGAGGAGAAUUCAAUCGCGGGCAAAUUGCCCGACCUGCUUUUGAUAACGCUAUAACGCUUCUUUCUUUUCUGGCAAAUCUUUUCUCGCGUUGUAAUGAAUUAUAGCUGCAAUUUUCGUGUUAGAUGAAUCAUCGGAGUCGAGGACUUCGACCGAUUCGGACGUCCGUACAAAACGAUCUCUCGUCCCCGUCUAUUUUCUCACACGUAAUUAGUUGUUUCGCGCGCCACGAAGUUCACGUUCCUCGCAGCGCGUAGCGGGAUCGUUACGCGCGCUUCUUCUCAUAUAAUUUGCCGCCGUACUUAUGCGACGUAGCGGAGAAUGUCGCGCGAAGUCAUCUAUUCCUGAACGGAUAUUUCGGGCGACGUAAUUCGUCGCGCUGGUGCGACUAGUAUACUCUUCUUCGUUAAUAUUAACGUUCCGAGCUGAUUUUCACGUUCGGGCGUGAUCUCAAGCGCAAAAUUGACAAAUCGGCGAACGAUAUCUACAUUGCAAAAGUCACCGACCGCGAUUUAUCUGUCCGGCAAAUUGGCCUGCGUUGCAAACGCGGACGGAAAAGGCGGACUCUUUAGUUGAAGGUGAAAUUUUCAAUUGCAGAUAUUUAUUUACGCGAUAAAAUUUUUUUGUAGUAUAAUUUAUUGUAAAUACAAGUGCAAAAGUUGAUUUUAGACAUAGCGUACGAUUGCAAUCGAGGAAGAUGAUAUCGGUAUUUCGGUGAGGAAAAUUCUCAAAUCUCCAGUUCGUGUUUCUUUUUUUUUCUUCUUUCGUUAGACGCAAACGUAUCCGAACGUUCCGCAAUUUGUGUUUCGUCAAUUUGUGUUUCGUCAAUUUGUGUUUCGACAAUUUGUACAUAUGAAUUAUAUUGGAACUUUUGAUUUUUGAGGAAGAGAAGUUUUUCUAAAUACAUGUACACGUACACUUGUUUCACUUUAGCAGUUUCAUCGAUUAGAUUUUCUCUCAUCGUUUAUGUUGCUCACUGUGAUGAAUCCAACGGAAAUUGGACUCGACGUUUAAUCAUAUCGUUUGUAAUGUGCAAGGACGCAAGUUUGUGUUGUAAUUCGUUCAUCCGCGUUACUUAAAUACCAACGAGUGCAUUUGAGUAAUCCCGGGCAAGCUGCAGUGGCUUCGGCCCCCCGCGGUGAGUACACGUCUCACAACAGCAGACAAAAAGAUUAGAGGUAUGGUCGUAAUUAGCGAAGCCAGGGUACUUUGUAAAUUCCAUACGUCACUUUAAUUUAUUGCGUGCAGUAUGUGCUUGGUGCUAGUAAGUUUGUAUUCGUUGUAUGAUGUUUAGACUCUCCUGUCCUCCCUCGAGACGCUUCCCCAUUUCCAUGUGCGCCGGCGACGUUCGUGCGGAAGUAUCUCAGAGCGCUGCGCGAAAACGCGAUUCGAAAGAUUUUCACGCGACAUUUCUACGUUCGGAUCGAGGCGAAUCCGGGAAAAGACGAAGAAAUAAAGAAAAACAACCCGUCCAGACGAAAGAAAGUAUGUUUAGCAGUUUGUUUUAUAUUUUCUUGUCCUAUAAGGCGAUGCGUGACAAUAAUUGUUCUUACAGUACAAAAAGAAAAGUAUAAAAGGAGACUUUGCGUUUUGUUCUUGUCUCUUUGUGUAAUAAAUGGUGAGUAGGAAAUAACGAUUUGGUCUGUGCAUUUGUAAGGUAUGUAAAAUAAACGCUAAUACAUUUUCCACGCAAACGAACGUAUUUAUCUCAGGAAGAGAAAUAUUAGCGGUGUAUACCAGUCCCGUAACCGCUAACAGC